AUGUGUGCUAUCGGCGUCUGUGUUUGCGUGUCCAGAUGGCUGGCGUUGAUGCUUGCGUGUUCUUGCGGGUUCCGCCUCCUUUCCUCUCUCCCCUUCUUCCCCCUUCCCUCUCCCCUUCUUCCCCUCCCCUUUCCUCUUCUCCCCCCUCCCCUCUCUCCCGCCUCCCGUCCUUCUCUCUCCCACCCCUCUCCCUCCUCCGCAUUUGACGGCCACUCGGCUCUCCUGGUCAUGUUCAUUUGCAACCAUUGCCCUUUUGUGGUUCACAUCAAGUCGCAACUCGUUGCACUUGGCAGCGAGUACAUCUCCAAGCAUGGGCUGGCAGUGGUUGCCAUCUCGUCCAACUCCGUUCUCACCCACCCUCAGGUCACCUCUUUUCGAAUUCCUCUUUCCUCCUGUCUCUACAUCCCCUCUGCUCUGCUGCGCCCCUCAUUUGAGUCGACUCAAAAGUCACCUCUUUUCAGAUUCCUCUUUCUUCCUGUCUCUACAUCCCCUCUGCUCUGCUGCGCCCCUCUCCGCUCUCUGCUACAACAGGAUGGACCUGACAAAAUGGCAGAGGAAGCCAAGCAGUUCAACUUCCCCUUCCCAUACCUCUAUGACGAGACGCAAGAGGUGGCCAAGGCCUACCAUGCUGCCUGCACGCCAGACUUCUUUCUCUUCAAAAAGGACGGCCGCCGCCCCUUUGAGCUCGCGUAUCACGGACAGCUGGACGACUCCCGGCCCAACAACGGCCGCCCAGUCACUGGCAAAGACCUGCGUGCUGCCCUCGACUGCGUGCUGUCGGCAAGACCCGUUCCCAGUGCCCAGAGGCCCAGGUAA